CUGAGCGGAAAACCCCGGAGCCCACAUGCGUUUUCGGAGCAAGAAAAGGAACCAGAACUCAACAGUAACCUGUCUUUUCUAGUGAUCAGGAAGAUCCCGUUCCGUUCACAGUAGCAGUUGGUAAGUCGGAUCUAGCAGUUCUUUGCGGCAAUGGCGAGAAGCGGAAUUCUGAUCGGAGGGUUAGUGCUGAUGGUGGCUGCUGUGACGCCUGGAUGGAGCCAAGGCGUUACAGACUGUACCAGCAUUGGCUGUGGAGAAGCUGGCAUGUGUGUCAGCACUCAGUGUGUGUGUGCCUCUGGAUACACUGGAGAUCUGUGCCAAUUCGGCACACGGAUUGACAAUCUCAUUGGCUGCUUUCCUCAAGAUGCUAGCAGUCCUCUGAAUCGCUCCAUCACUCUGGGCUGCACGACACCAGACGUGUGCUCUGACACUUGCCGUUCGAUGGGCUUCCGCUAUGCAGGCGUUUCCGACGGCUUUCGUUGCUGGUGCGGUAACAGCGUACCGAGUGGCGAAAUUGCCGCCAAUAACUGCGACGUACCGUGCACAUUUGAUACAAACCAAGGCUGCGGCGGAGUUGGUCGCUCGCUCGUUUUCCAAGCCGGCUACGAGUUCUUUCCGCUCGGGGUAUCCCCGCAAUCAUCUGUAUGGUAGAACUAAUACACCGAAUGUUCUCUAUUCUCUCUCUCUUUGUCAUCAUCCAACAUGUGUUCUCCACAGUCAUAAUGUUGCUGCACUCUUCUCAACAUUGCUUCAGAUUGGAGCACGUACAUAGAGUUCUUAGAGAGCACUUUGAAGUAUCUGCUGCUGACAACAUGUGACAUAUGGCAUGUACAAUUGAGCAGUGCACCAGCUAUGGAUGCAGAUAAAGUGUAUCCAGUCUGGGUGGUAGCACACAUUGGCAAGCUCACCGGUCCAUUUGGGGCAUGUUUAACAUUUCUUUAUAUCA